AUGAUACAGAAGAAUAAAUUGGACAGCAUUGACAAUUCUAAGCACAGUAACUUUUCAAAAUCAAAUUAUCUAAAUUCCGCUCCUGAUCCAUCUCUUGAAGAAUUUGAAGCACCUACAUAUCAGAAUCAGACACCAAUUGCUGGAGUAUCAUGUUCGCCCGAAUAUACUCAAGGUAGUCAAUACCAAUACAAUGAUCAUGGUAAUUAUAACGUCAAUAGCUAUAACAGCACCUAUGAAAAUUCAUCACAAUCCAAUUCUAGUGAAAGUAACUUCGUAAAUGAAUUAAAGCAAGACGAGCAGUUCUUACGUAUGCAAGGCAAGCGUAAACGUGGCGAUGCAGAGAUUAUAAAUAUCAUAGACGUUAAUGAAGCAGAUCAUAUUGCAGAUGCUGCUAAAUUUAGACAAAAAUUUUCUACAGAAGAACUGUCUUAUCGGCCGGAGGAUAGUGGCCGUUUAAAGCCAUCGCAAAUGCAAAAGCGUAAGCACCAGAUAACGUAUUUGGCCUUUCAGGCAAAAGAGCGUGAAUUGGAACUGAAGAAUACUUGGUCUGCGAACCGUGCAACCCGAAGACAGACUCAGUCAAAAUACGGCUUUUAA